CUCCUCCCCGGGAGAUUCUAUUGACUGGAAGGCCGUGGGAAGCUACUACCAGCAGCCAAUUGAAACGCGAAAUCUGCCCCAUGGGGGCGGAGAGAACACCGCCCGCUUCCUCGGGAGCCAAUAGAGAAGAGGAACAGCGAAGCGCUUCCUGAGUUCGGGGGUCGAGGGAAGAUGGCGACCACCAAAGGGGGUUGGUGCUUGUGCGAGUUACUGAGGUUUUUUUAUUCAUUAUUCCUCCCUGGCCUGACAGUAUGUGGAAUUUUAUGCAUAUGUUUGUUCAUUAUCCUCUGGGGAAUCAGACUGCUGGUACGAAGAAAGAAAGACUCAGUAGCAACUAGCAAAAAUGGGAAAAAUCAACUGGUGAUUGCAUUUUUUCAUCCGUACUGCAAUGCUGGUGGCGGAGGAGAAAGAGUUUUGUGGUGUGCCUUAAGGGCUCUGCAGAAAAAGUAUCCUGAAGCAAUUUAUGUUGUGUAUACUGGUGACGUGAACGUCAGUGGUCAACAGAUUCUAGAAGGUGCUUUCCGAAGAUUUAACAUCAGGCUCACUCACCCAGUGAAGUUUGUUUUCCUGAGGAAACGCUACCUUGUGGAAGAUUCGCUCUAUCCUCACUUCACACUGCUGGGCCAAAGUCUAGGAUCCAUUUUUCUUGGCUGGGAAGCUCUAAUGCAGUGUGUUCCUGACGUUUACAUCGAUUCAAUGGGAUACGCGUUCACACUGCCUCUGUUUAAGUAUCUAGGUGGUUGUCGCAUUGGCAGCUACGUUCAUUAUCCCACGAUCAGCACUGAUAUGCUGUCUGUAGUGAAGAACCAAAAUGUCGGAUUUAAUAACGCAGCCUUCAUUACCAGGAAUCCUUUCCUCAGCAAAGUAAAGCUCAUCUAUUACUAUUUAUUUGCUUUUAUUUAUGGACUUGUGGGUUCUUGCAGUGAUGUAGUGAUGGUCAAUUCUUCUUGGACACUAAACCACAUUCUCUCACUGUGGAAAGUCGGGAAUUGCACUAAUAUUGUUUACCCACCUUGUGAUGUACAGACCUUUCUGGACAUUCCCUUACAUGAGAAAAAGACAACCCCAGGACAUUUGCUGGUUUCCAUUGGCCAGUUCCGGCCUGAAAAGAAUCAUCCUUUGCAGAUCAAAGCCUUUGCUAAGUUGCUGAAUAAGAAGGUGGCUGGAUCACUUCCUUCCCUUAAACUUGUCCUCAUUGGAGGGUGUCGUAACCAAGAUGAUGAGCUCAGGGUAAACCAACUGAGAAAGCUUUCUGAGGAUCUGGGAGUUCAAGAAGAUGUGGAAUUUAAAAUAAACAUUCCAUUUGAUGAGUUAAAGACUUACUUGUCUGAAGCAACAGUUGGUCUGCACACCAUGUGGAACGAGCAUUUUGGGAUUGGAGUUGUCGAGUGUAUGGCAGCUGGCACGAUUAUCCUCGCACACAAUUCAGGGGGCCCCAAGCUUGACAUUGUCGUCCCUCAUGAAGGAGAGAUAACUGGAUUUCUGGCUGAAAGCGAAGAAGGCUACGCGGAAACCAUGGCUCAUAUUCUUUCCAUGUCUGAGGAAAAGAGACUCCAAAUCCGAAGCAGUGCUCGGGCAUCUGUAAGCAGAUUCUCUGAUCAGGAGUUUGAACUGGCGUUCCUGUCAUCUGUGGAGAGCUUAUUCAAAUAAUGUCAUAUCUGUACAGAUGAAAGAUAUUUUAUAUAAAAUGGCGACAUACCUUCAUUCACAAGAAUCAUUUAAAGACCUAAAGACUCCAUUUCACAAAGCUGUUUAAGGACAAAAAUCGGGAUUAUAACCUGGGACUUCUGACUCCAGCCCAGUUCACUUUCUUAUCUUACAGCUAGUCUUUUGUGGUAAGAUCCAUACCACCGCCCCCUCAGUUUACCCAUCAGCCCAUAGAAAAUCAUGAGAAUAAAGAUAAAGAAAUUGCAAGGGACUAAGAAGUAAAGGAAGAAAGGUUUCUGAAAUCCCAUAAAGCAUUUCUUAAUCUUGUUUCUUCAAAAUUAUUUUUUCAUUUGUCACAAACAUCACUGGAAACAUAAUUUGCAUAUAUGUUCAUCUUCCCUGUUCCUAAUGUGAUAGGACAUGUCAUUUUUUUUUUUUUUUUUGGAAGGACUGAUAACCAUGGAAAGCAUCAAAGCAAUAUGUCUGCUGUCUGUCUGAAGAACUCUUGAGUGACUAUUCCUGUAAAACAUUGUUUUUGAGUGGUCCAAACACAGUAUAUUUUGAACCCACAGCAGUGGGGACGCACAUUCUUAUUUCAGUUGUGCAUAACAAAAUACCUGUUCUUUGUAUCUCGACUUGUAUCUAAAUAUGCCUUUAAUAGAUACAAAAUCUGUUUGUCUCUAAGUAUGAUAGGAAGUGGUUUUCAGUCUCUUGGAUACUUUUCCGCAUAUGGUGUAUUUGUCCCCUCAUGCAGGCUCUCAAUUCGGAAUUAUCUGUUAUCUACUACCAGUACUUCUAAGCUCCACAUGCCAAGAAUUUAAAAAAUAAAAAUGAAAAAUUUAAAGAUAAA